GUUGUUUUAUACGUGAAUAAACCUUGUGUUGUCGGUUCCGCGCUUUGAAUGUGGCUUCUAAUCAAAGACGUCGAACGAAGGAAAAGCUCGCUGUCAGAAAAUAAAGGUAACAUGGAACUUGAAAUAUUUAUCAAACUUGAAAUUAAAAUUUCCAUGGAAAUCAUUGCAAAAUUAUUUCUUUUUCCACUCGCAGGUCUUGUGCUCACCACGGGCGUGCAUGUGGUCGGAAGAAAAGGUACUCAACUCUUAAAAUUAUAGUCAAGUUUCUGGGCCCGGCCAAUCAAAGCGAUAUUUAUCAACUUCUCCCGUAGUCCUGCAGCGCGCAGUGAUCAAGUAAGCAGCCUGUUUUCAGUUGGCCUUUUCAGUUUUCUGUUGGAGGGUUGUCCUGUAGGCAGCAAAUCUUAUAUGCACUUCAGGGGCGUAGCUAGCAUUUUUGCAUAGAGGGGUUGCUAAUGUGGUACUUUUGUCUACAAUACUCGUCAGAAAUCUUGAAACACUUGUGUGAUUUUCCCCUCCCCAAUGUUGAUUUAGGUAUUGCAGUCAUCUCGAUCAGUGCUCCAAAAUACACGUGGCUCAACAUUGGGGAAGGAGAGGGGGCACAUUUGAGUGAGAACAAAGGUGUGAAGAGUGAAUGUAAGAAAUUUGGAGAAAAUUUAAGACAAAUGGCUUCUGUUUCAGUGAUUUGUGACGAGGAUUGUAGAUUGACUAGAUGGCCUGCGGAAGGCAUAGGGUAUAAGGUAUUCUCCCCGGGAAAACUUUAAUACUUAAGGUCCUCAGAAAUUCCGUUUUGUGACUCUAAGCACAAAUUUCCAAUAACAGUUACAAGUGGCAUUUUUUCACUUUCAGUGAAGAGAUAGUGUGAUAGACUUUAAAACGUAUAUAUGUUAAUAAUUGUUGAAUACAUCAGUUAAAAACACACAUUGUAGUCUUGUGACUUUCCGUUUACUCAGCUAAUAUAUUAGGGAGCUUAAGCAACAACGACAGCGAUGGCAACAGAAACAGCGAAAAACCAAUAGGUUUAGAUUGGCAAAGUAACAACUUUGCACAUGCAUCAUGCUUUUUUGUACAUUUCUUAGCCGUUGUUGCACGACUACAACAUGAAAGUGCCUAAUUUCAUGUUUUUUCGAGGAGUGGAACACAAGACAACAACUUUCCUUUUCUUUUCCUGAACUUUGAUACAGUCCUUUAGAAUUAAACUCCAAAUUUGACGAAUUAAACGAGAUGGAAUAAGCGCGAUAAAGUUUGAAGCAGUGCAAAUUCACUUUUUAAGUGACGUUUUGUUAGCCUUCACCUCCAUUGUUGCUUAAGUUCCCUAUUAGCAAGAAGGAGACGUCAUGGAUGCUUCCGUGCAAAGGUGUCGGUUGUUAGACUUAAGCCAAUUUGCGUAAUGCAUUGUGCGGAUUCUCGCUCAUUAGUCAUGGUCACUGCCAAGUUCUUUUUAAGUAUGCACAAUGUGCUAUGCCAUCGCUCAUGUUCUCCUGAUGUAAUUUGUAAUGUACUUGAAAAAAACGUAUGUUUCAGUGAAAAAUAGUGAUGAAUUACAGUGACCUUGUUUAUUGCUGAGACUGACUAAGAUGUCUCUGGUGUUUAAUAAGAAAAUAUAUGCCACUGCAUGCCACCAUUAAUAUUGUACCAUUGUUACUUAAUUAGUUACAUGAGAAGGAAAAUUUUACUAUAAUCUCAUUUGAUUUUAGCUGUUUGUCAUUUGCCAGUCCUUUUUUACCUGGAUCUGGCCUGGGGAGAUUAGCAGGUUUGAGGAAAAGAAUCUUUAAUGAAGCCUAUCUAGUCUGAGUUGUUACUGUGCAGUAGAAAAGACGUGUAUGACCUUGUCACUUUUCUUUGCACUGUUAACAUUCUUUGAUUAAAACACAAACUGAAAUCCUUUUUUUGUAGACUGCCGAGUAUUGAUACAUGAUGAUGCUUCUAUUAGUCGGAAACACAGUGUCAUAACUGUUCAACAUGACCAGGCCAAUCUGGUAUGUGUGAUAUAGAAAAAAACUACAUCAAGUUAAAGUUGCAUAACCUAGAUAGAGUGAAAAAGUACAGUAAGCAUAAAUUAAUGUAAUAAUUAAUAUUUGUUGAUGAUUAUUUGAGAGUAAGAAACAUGUAUCAGAAUUUCAGAUUUUAAACAUGAGAAUUUGGGGAUUAUUUAAGUAAGCAUUAACAUUCCCAUUUUGUCAUCCAAUCUUCAUGUUGACUUUGAAAAUCGUCAUAAGUUAAGUCAAAUUUAAAAAUAUUAUGCAAUACGUUUUAUUAGAAAAUAAAUAUUCAGGAAAAAAAUAAUAUUAGAAGUAAAAAGAUGCAUUUAAUUAUCUGCUUGGAAUUCCGAAAAACCCUAAAAAAAUACUCUAUUUUCAAAGUUUCUGUAAUCUUUUUGGAGAAUUAAUUCAGAAAAUAUCCUUGUACACUGUAAGCCUUCCAAAAUGCCCUACCAAGGGGAAACCAUUAUUACUGAUUUUGGUAGGUGUGUUGUAGUUCAAUUUUCCUCAGGUAAAUUAUCUUUCUGUUGUCUUGGGUAUGCCAAUGUCUAAUUAAUAAAUGAGAGGUCUUUAAUAGUCAGUACUCUUCAAAGUAAUUUUCUUGGCAGUGACUUGAUUGACGGUAUUUUGGAAAGUCAGGUCACUAAGGAGAGGAGGUCAGGUACAGAUGUUUUAAAAAAUCUUGUGGGUCUUUUGUAGGGUGAUCCUUGUCAAAUGUCACAAGUGUUUCUUGAAGACUUCUCUAAGUAUGGGACUUUUAUAAAUGGCAUUAGAAUCACCGGGACAGUUAAUGUGAAGAGUGGUGAUGAAUUAUUAUUUGGAAAAAACAACAGUCUCUACAGGUAACUAUUUCGUGUAAAGUGAUCACUGUCAAAUUCCAGUUUAACUCAAAACAAUAAUCACAGGUAAGGAACAUUUUUGUAAAGCAAGGUGUAAAGUAAUGAUUUUGUUUGUCUCAAGAUCAUCCACAAAUAAUUUUUUCAUUACUUAUGCUACAAUACCUUUUAACCCUUUAAACCCUAAGAUCAAAAUUGGUAUUCUCAUUUGUUCCCUCUAUUCAUUUCCUAAAGAAGAAGUGGGGAGAAGUUGAUAAAAUAUUGAGAAAAUUCAUCUUGUGUGACUAUGUCCAUAAUUCUCAUGACCACUCUGUUUUACAAAGCAUUGAUAUUACAAGGAGAAAUUUGAUACUGAAAUACUCUUAGGGCUUAAUGGACAAUGUAUGAUUUUCAGGUUACAAUAUAUUCCCUUGGUUGUUGUCACCUCUUGUCUUGAUGAGAAAAAGAAAAAUACGCUCAAGAGUCAUGUUCUUCAACUUGGUAUGUAAGCUAUUGAGCUGUUAUUUUAUUUCUGGCCACUAUGUUAGCUCAGAGAAGGGGUGGUAGGUAGUGAGUCAGUAGUCCUUAAAGAGGAGCUACAUGGAUCAGCAGUCUACUUCAAAACUAAAACGUUUGCAGCAGUAGUAAUAGUAUUGAGGAGUGUUGACCACUGUUAUAACUGAAUAAAUGCAGGAAUUUCCCAGUUCACAAGUUCUAUUUUGUGAGAGUUGUGAGGCUUAACGAAAUCCAUCAACUUCUUAUUUUUCUUGUCAAAGGGUUUUCUAUUUCUGUUUGGGAGUUCUAAUAUAGGGCUAACAUCUCAACUUCCCUUUCAAGAUGUCUUUUGAUAUUAUGUUUUUCCUGUAAAUAAGCUUGUUUACAUCUUGAAUAAAGUUAGUAUGUAUGUAUGUAACUAUGGCUAGUAAUAAUAUAAUAAUUUUAUUAUUAUUACUGGUACCAUACCAGAAACUGUCUAAUUAUAUUUUUGUGCAGAGAAUUCUUAUUUUCGAUUUUGUAUCUAUUUUGGGGAUGGGGAGGGGGUGGGAAUCCUCAUUGGUUGAAUCAUAUUGUCCUAUGACAUACAAAUGAAUGUUGGACAUUGCAACCAACAGCAACAACUACAUCGUUAAGAUAAGCACACUAACUUUACCUUAACAGGAAAAAAGGGGCAAGAGAUGGGAAAGAGGGGCUACUUUCAUCAAAAGAGAAGCUCAUUAUUUGCGGUUUUAACAAUACAAAAUAUACGAUAACCUACACUGUCCUAAAUACUGUUAUGCCUAUGUGUGUGCUAGGUGGUCAUAUGAUCAAUGACUGGAGGGCAAACACUGUUGUAACUCACCUGGUAAUGGAUGGACUGACAUUUACUAUAAAAGUAAGCACACUGCAGUUAUGUACUUACUGUCAAACUAUUAACAAAAUGGUGAAUCCCUUGAAAAAUCCAAGAUUGUUGUUUAUGUUAUGACUAACUACCCAACACCACAUAUCAGACGUGAUACUGUGAAACCUUGGAGUUGAGAUAUCUCACACUUGAUAAUUGGACUUCUUUUAAAUUUCCUGACACAAUAAUCUUUCCAAAAACAUUGCUGCUGUUCACAGUUUCCAUAGGUCAUUGCUGUUAUACUGCUGUGUUGAUUGCUUGUACAGCAGAAAUAUAAAAGGGUGUUAACAGUGGGUUUGGCAAUGAAACAAUCCUAAACAUUAAUACGGUAAAUCCUCUAUUAAGCCCCCCAUCUCAAAUAAGCGCCCUUCCCCUAAUAAAUCCCCCUUUUCAGGGAGAAGAAAGUCAAGAAGCUCCCUUCUCUAUUAAGCCCCCCUACCCUCCCCUUAUUAUUCUUCAGUAAUAAAUUAUAGACUAUAUUAAUCAAUCAUGACCGUUGAACUUCGUGUGAACUGAUCUAGGAUAGUUUAUUUACCAACUGGAAGUUUGGAAUUGUUUUUGAUCCUUAGCUGCAUGAACUCCAACCUUCUUGUACUUGAGCUUAUCCACUUUAUAUUCUAGGUCUUAAACCGCCUGUCUCUAUUAAGCCCCCCCUCACAUGGGCUUGAAAUAAAUAAGCCCCCCCCCCCCCUGGGGGCGGGCUUAACAGAGGAUUACCAGUAAUGCAAUGUUGAUUACACUUGUGUAUUUUCACGGGAAAACAUUCCUUAAAUAUAUUUUAGUUGACACAAUUCAUAAGCGGUAAAGCUGUGUUGGGGCAUAAAACCUGAGACAUAUGACAUGUUUUUGACCAGUUGUUACAGCCAACAGAUACUUUAAGGUCCUAUGGUAACAGCUGAUUUGGUACUUUUGAAUUGUCUGUUAAUUUAUCUUUUUUUGCCUAACUGUUCGGCAGGUGAUUCAUGCUUUAGCUGAGUGUUGUCCAAUUGUCACACCAUCCUAUUUUGAUGACAUUAUAAAUUCUACUAACGCAGGUCCAGCUCCUCUCCCUGUGGAAAGGUAUGGCUACAGAGACAAUUUUUUUUUUCUUCGUGAAUUAUAAUUUUAACUCCAUAAUUUCACUGAAACUUUUUUUUAUGAUUUGUAGCAGCUACCUUCCACCCCUAAAGGAAGAGACUAUUAGUUCUCAAGGUGCAAGUUUUCUUCCCAGGGAAGCCAGAAAAUCUUUGUUCCAUGGAAAAACCUUCAUCUUUAUCAGUAAAAAGCAGGUUAGCAGCUAGACUGUUGUUUAUAACUAGUGUCUUACAUAAGGUAAUGUUGGCUUAAAAAAACCCCUCAAAUGGCGAUGCUAAAAAAAUGAUGCUUAAAAAACUAAAAUAGCACAUUUACCCCAUUUGUUGUUUGAAGCUAGUAAAGCUGUUUUCUGGUCACUAUCUGGCUGGAAAGAACUAAAACUGCCCAUUCCAAAAUGUUGUUUUAAAGUUUUUGUGCUUAAUGUUUAAUGGACAGCUUCCCAUGUUUGUGCUGCAAGCACCUACUUUCUCUCCUUCCCACUUCUUUGUAUUUUCUACAUAGUGUUUGCACACAUGUAGGUACAUACAGGAUUGUUAUCUCAGUUAUUACAACAUUAUUUUUAGUACAAACGGUUGCAGAAUGCAGUUGGCUCAAGUGGUGGCAUUGUUUUAUUGAGGGAUGUACCCGGAAGUGAGAGUGAUGAUGGUCUGGUAUCUAAAGAUGUUUGUGUUAUGAUGAUGGAUAGUAAAGAACAAAACUCAUUGCCAACAGAGUCUCAAAAGUGGGUCUUACAUGUAGUUGAAGCAUUGAGAAGGUUUGUGCAUAGGUUCAUUACUUUGCUGUGAAUUACAUAUCCCGUUUUCUUUACCUAACCAAACAGUACAUUGAAGACUUUUUUCAGUAUCUGAAGUAUCAAAAGUGAAAUGUUUUGACAGUAGUUAUCAUCAUCAUCAGUAGUUUAAGAGAAAGCAGGAACAGUGGAUCAGCAAAUUGUGAGCCUAAAAUGUAUUUGUUAAGCGAUUUUUCUAAAUACUUCAUCAGAAAGCAUUAUUUUAUUUAGAACUGUUGUUGAAACUUAUUAGAAAUGAGACCCAGAUGUUAAUAGAAACAAAGUUAUUAGAAAUGUACUACAAAAGAAAAAUGCCAUAUGACCUGCUUCAUGACUACAUAAUCAAACCAAAUGUUUUGGGUAACAAAAGACUUCAAUAUUUCUUUGAUAGACAUGGAUGUCGUCCUAUCCCAGAGUCUGAGAUUGGCUUAGCUUUGCUAUUUGUUUCAUUGGACAAGUAUUGUAAUCCAAGUAUUACUGCUGGUUUGUAUACAGUGUUUCAUCAUUUGACUGUGACAACAGUUCCUCUGUUAAGGUUAUGUGUACAAGCAGCUGUCCUGACACACAAAUUGUAAAUAUUUGUUCCUUCAUACUAGUUCCAACAUUAACGCAAAAUCUUGUCAGCCAGUCUUUCCAAGCUGCAGAUAUAAUGUCACAACAGAUGGUAGCCAAUUAUCCAAAGGUAAUUUCAGUUGGUUUAAUUUUUGGUCUUCACUUUUUACUAGGGACCUACCAUAGUAGACACCUUUGAAUUUGAAAUUUCUUUUUCAUUGAACAUUUUUGUUUGUCAUGUGAGUUUGAAGUGAAGCAACAUGCUAAGUGGUUAGAGUGCUAGAUUUGCUAGCCUGAGACCAGGCUUCGCAAUGAGGGAAAAAAGGAGGUGAUACAGCAAAAAAAAAAAAUUGGUGAACAAAGCAAACCAUCCCCCAGACUCCCCGGGUUUUUUUCGCCUUUUUUCCCCACUGUAGACCCUGGUCCGAUCCUAGGCUAUAGAUUUGUGAUCCGGCAACCUUAGGUUUAACUCCCAUCCUGACAGCUAGCUGGAUUUCUUCUUGGUAUUCCCAAGUUCAAAUCCUCAAUCAACCUUGCAAAUAGCCAACUGGUUUGCCUCCAGCCUGUCAGGAUUAUAAACCCUGUUAUAAUUAUUGUUUGCUUGUCCUUGCUAGUCACUAAGCUAUAAAUACUGUCAAGGGUAAAAAAUGGGAUAGUAGUUUUACUAUUUUAAAGGGUAGUAAAAACUUAUAAAUACCAUAGGGUGAAAAACUGGCCACACUGUGUGCAUAGCAUAACCUGUAGGCUAUAUCUAAAAUCUGGAAAGCUCCUUGAAAGGUACAUAUGAGGUAUAACCAAUUUUUUGGCAGCCCCAAGUUCAAGUCCCGCCCUGACUGCUAUUAUCAUCUUUAUGUAUCAUUAUCAUUAUCAUUAUCAUAAUUAUGGUUUAUUAUUACGUAUUGAGUGGUGUCUACAUGGAGGUAGCUAAUUGUAGACAGUAAUGGAAGCCGGUGAAGCUGUGAAGGUUGAUGAUGAUCAGGUAAAAGGUCUGAUGUCUCAGUCACACUCAUCUCCAUAACUAUUCAGAAAACCUCAGGUAUUGGUUUGCUGAUAUCCGGCAGUUGAGCAGACAGGGCAUUGUUUGGCUAGUUGUUUAUUCCCAGGGACAUUUGAGUUACAUGUUCCCUGGUAAACAUCUUUAACUUUGUGCAUUUGGUUGAUCAUGUGGCCUUUUGUUAAAUGCUCAUGUCAAGUGAUGGAUUGGGUUAUUACCUGAGACACUUCAUGAUCGCAGUGCAGAUAUCUGAAACCUUCAAAAGCUUUGUUAUGUUUGCUGGUAUUUUUUUGGUAGAAUAUCAGUGACUGGGAUUUUCUCUUUCUUUCUUUUCUUUCUUUCGUUUUGAAAGUUCAAAAAACCAAUCACACCUGUGAAGCAUGUCAGACAGGACAAGAGUGAAAGUGUUAGUUCUGUGAAAGAAACUGGCCUGGCCAGCACAACUGUCCACAACUCCUUGAAGACUAAAAGGUACAGUGUAUGUAUACUUUGUACUAACGGUUGCCGGUCGUUUUGAUUCAAGUUGUUUCGAUACGGGUUUUCUCUAUUGAGUACUUUGCUUAAAAAACAAAGGAUUUUCACCCAAAAUGUUUCUCUUGUUGCAUGCAAACUAUGCUCAAAGUAAUCAAAAUUUUUGUGCAAUUUCACUGCUUCAGUUUGUAUCAAAACGAAUGUAAGUAACUUUGGAAACCGGUCGUUCCAAUACAUGUCUUAGAGAUAAGGAUUGAUAAGCUGCACACAAAUUUUGAUCAUUUAAAGAAAAGGGGUCUAUUGUUUGAAAGUAAAGUUGUCCUCGUGAACAUAUGUCGUGAAUAUUCCUACUACGCGAAACUAUUUAUACCCAGACCGAAUUAACUUGUGUGGAAACGACCGGUAAGCGUUACAUCGCCCUAAAUUGCAUGUACUAGAAAAGAAUCAUUUCAAAUCUUCUCUCCUUGCUGGUUCAUUGCCUGAGGUUAAUGAAUUAAUAACUCGGACACAUGGACAGUUUCUCUCAAACUUUUUUCGUGGAAUUUUAUGUCAACAACUAACAACAGCUUUAUUACUUCCGUGGAGCGCGAAGUAAAAGAUUCGCGACGCUCAGGAAUGUAGCAAAGUUGACUUUUUUUGACAAGAUUGGGCAUGCAAAGUCUGUAGGUUUUCGGUUUUAUUCUGCUAUUUGACGAAGUGAGAGCCGAAUAAGAUCGAGAUAUCUUGAGAUCACGUCGCUUUUUAAAUUUAUUUAUUCUUUAACUUUUUCGAGGAGGAAAGAAUUAUUAUUUUGGCUUUCCCGGGCUUUGAACCGACUCACCUGUGUGACCCGUCAGAUCAAAGGAGACUCUCAAAAAAGAUUUUUUUUCGGCCCUUUGGGCCUCAGUUUCAUCUAAAAAUAAAGGGGGGUGGGGGGGGGCGGGCCCCCGAUCCCCUCUUCUGGAUCCGCCACUGGUAAAUGUAAAUAUUAAUAAUUAUUACAUUAUGAAACUUUAAAAGUUAUAGGGAAAACAAGAAAAAAACUACAAUAAUAAGAUAGUAGAGCACAAGCAAUGACACACAAAGGCUUAGCUACUGCAGUCAAUCCGACUCUGCCAAAUUUGAAGUUGCAGCUAUUUAUUGAAAGCAUAGUAACUAUGUUGAUAGCAUUACCAUUUAGCUCCACGUAUUUAAUUGGACUUUUCACGUUCUCAAAAACCACCCAGAACGGCAGAAAAGAACAUGCAUCAGAAAAGAUAGAAAUUAUACAAUCAGAGCUUCAAAAAGUUCAGAAAAAGGGCGCUGCUUCUUUCCUUUUUUAUUAAACUGACCAGCGAUAUAAAUCACUGUUUUGGCAGAGUGUUCGGUUGGUAACAGGUGUCAUUUAGGUCAACUUUUUCGUUUUACCAGAUUUUGCUCUUACAAAACAGCCAUAUUGUUUUUAGUUUAUUUUUAAGAAAUGGGGAAAACUCUUUUCCAAACUUUUAUUAUUAUCGCUCUUUUAAGUUGGUAAUUAUUAUCAUGGUUAUUGCAGAUGCAGCACAAGCACAAGUGAGCCGGAUGUUAUUAAUGAAUCUCUUCCUGAAAGCCAAACUGACAAUCAAGAAAGACCACCAUCAACUAAGAGAAGGAAGCUACUUGAGCCUGAACAGUCGCCUAUAGGACGGUCAGCAGAAACAGCCCUGGUACCAGAUUCAAUAGAUAUUAACAAAUCAACAGACGAAACCCUCAGUAACCUUCAGCUCAAACUUGCUGUGGCGGACAGUUUGGUUGCCGAUAGCUUAGAGAUCAAGGAUGGCACUGAUUGUGAAAAUGAUGAAGAACCAAAACGAACUGAACAUAUUGGACAUGAAAUGAUCGCUGCAAUUAAAACGGAAAAUAUUCCUGAUAGUUUGGAUGGUAAUCCGGAUCACUUCAUUGCUGAUGAAACUGCAGAUACUAAGAGAAAGCCGGGAGAUGCCCAGCCUGAAGAAAUAAAAAUUCACGUAGAGCAACAAGAAACUAGUAAAGAAAAUAGACGCUGGCCUGUGAAUGAGCAGCAUUUUGAUUCGAGACAUGUUCAAGCUGGAUUUCUCUGCUCUAAGAUGCCAAGAAAGGUUUGAAAUUAUGGAAUUCGUACCUGCUGCAUGUAUAGAACACAUUUGCAUGUAAUCUUGUUCCAGGUCACUUUCAUUACUCAUUACAGCUCUUUCCUCCAUUUAAUCAUCAAUAACAGUUUGGGUAGAAUAUUUCUGGAUCAACUACGUCUAGCUCAAUUGUCGAGCUCCAGUUGCAAUAAACCUCUACAUAUGCCUAAACUUUAUAUUCUUUCUUCUACGAAAAGGAAAAUGAAAUGCAAGAGCAAGUGGCUUCUGUUUGGUCUUAGUUAUGAGGGUUUGGGUUUGGCGUUUUGGGUGGGAGGCUCAACAGAGAAUUCUCUUCCCAUUAUGACGAUUUUAUUAACCAACUGCAAAUAAGCUUUAAUGUGCGUGUUAUUUACGUUUUUAAAUCGCGUUUUUCGGUGAGCAGGAACGAUUUAACCGAUUUCUAUGAUUUUUGGCAGAGGGGAAGAGUGCUAACGGACUAUCUCCUAUCUGAAAGGGUAUUCUCUUAAGGAUACCAAAGACCGUAGAAAUCGGUUAAAUCGUUCCUGUUGAAAAAGGCGAUUCAGAAACACAACCAGCUCGCAUAAGAAUACAAGGGUGGGGUGGGCCGAGGGGCCCGCGGCCAGCCCCUUUUUUGACAUUUUGUGUUAUUUUUAUAGAAUUCUCAGAAAAAUAAAAAUUAUCUAUAUAGCUUGCAAGUGUCCCGGCCACCCCUUUCUGAAUUUUCUGGAUCCGCCCCUGAAAUAGGUUCGGGCCACCUUAAGUUGAACGACAAACACAACUGUACAAGCAAAAUGGAAAGUUUGGGCGCGUUCCUACCGUGCUGCCCCGUAGACAAGACUAGUAACAGAAAACUAUAACUGCAGACCUUCGUGUCACUUUCUUGUUUGAUCUCCGGCGUUUUUCUUCGUUUUUCUUCAGCAUAUAAGGCACAAUUCUUGGCAACUCCUAGUAAACACUAUUAUUUCCUCUAAUACAUCAUUUUGUUGUUGCUGACUUGUGAUUUUCGAUGUUGUCUUUGAAGGUGGUUAAGGAAACCUGUGAAGAUGGAGAUGCUCAUUUGCCUCGCGACCUUUUUGUUGUUGAACAAGUGUCGUUAGUAGUUCGCAGGCCAGCCAAUGUCGCACCUACUGCACCGAAGAGACCAGGAAAUACCACUGUCAAAAACUUCAAGAAAUUUGCAAAGGUCUGAUUAAACUCUGAUUUCUUUUGUUCCUUGAAUAUUUCAGUUAUGUAAUUUUCAUAUCAUCAUACAUACAUACAUACACACAUGCAUACAUAUACUAUAUUUAAUCUCGAAUGAGAAGUAGCUAAAGAUAAGCUUGUAUAUCGUCAAAUAUCUGCCACGGAGUCACUAGUGAGCAGGACUGAAUAAGUAUAAGGGAAAGUCGUUCAUUGAGUCCGCCGUGUUUCUCUUUAAAGCCGGCACAAUUAUCUCCUUAUUUGCUGGGACCUUCACAAGACGUAAUUUAAUUAACAUUCACUUAUCAGACUUAUGACUGAGCUUCCUCUUAACCUGUCUUAACGGAAAGCAAACCCGCGGCCGUAAACUAAAACCCCAUUUACACGUGCUAAAAAAAUCGGCACGGCACGCCAAAUUUUUGGCACCGUGCUGACGAUUUUAAGGCACGGCACUCCCAUUUUUCGACGUGUAAACGUAUCGGUCCCAAAUGUAGUUUGGCACCAGUGCUCAAAAUUUUAGGGGUGCCGAGACUACCUCCCACGCGUAAACGAGGCACGGUGCCAAAAAUUUGGCGUGCGGUGCCGAUUUUUUCAGCGCGUGUAAAUGUGGUUUUAUUUGUUCAGAAUAAUGUUUAAUUUACGACUUGAUGAGACUGUUUGCCGCUUGGCCGUGAACACCGUUAACAUGAACUGGAUACCAUGCCCAGGGCUAGAAUUUGCCGGAUACUUGAUCAUCGACUUAUCAACUUAUCGUGUGUGGCUCUCAGCGCUUCAGUCAUAGUAACACAUAAAUAAGCUGCCGCUGUUUUAUGCUCAACUUGAUUAAUAUCGAGGAAAUGAGAAACAAAUCAAUGAUAAAGAAACUCUGGCCGUUACAGUAGUCUUUUCUUUUUGCAGCAAGUUUAUCCAGGUUCCAGUGUUAGUCUUCCGCGCAUUAUUGGUGGCAGUGAUUUGGAAGUUUACCAGUCUUCUGAUAGGUUGGAGAGGGACGAGUGGUUCCUGGAAGCUAGAGAGGUAGAGUUAUACUUAACAUUUAACUUAGCACCUGAUUUGCUUGUGAUAAGUGACUAAGAUUUCCAUUCUUGCUCAACACAGAAAAGAUAUGACUGUGUUGCAGUCCAAAAUCUUGUUCCGUAACUUGUGAUGCCCUUGAGCAAUGCAACUGUUCUAUCGUACCAUAAACUGGCUUACUCGAUGAAAUAAAAUUUCAAUGCUUCUGACAACAGAAGAAAAGUUUUCGUCAUUGCACUUUAAUACUUGAAAUCGCUAGUGUAAAUGAAGCUAUUUGCGCCUGAGGUUCAUGUUCAUGUUAAUUGGAUCUGGGCAGAGGCUAAGUACUGUAACAGUUUCCCCAACACUUGCAAUUAAUGAUUUUCGAGUUGCCCAAGUCGCUACUGCGAAAUCUCUUGGAGUGAGUGACCAUCGAUGAUAAUCUCGAUUGGGGUAGCCAUAUGGAGAAGAUAAUAAAGAAAGUAUCUUCUGGCAUCGGGGCCAUAAAGCGAGUAAGCACCUUGUCCCCUAAGCGACCUUACAACUUACUUACCAAGCUCCUAUUCACCCUCACUUCAGUUAUUGCAAUACUGUUUGGGGAAACUGUGGGAUAAUCUUAAGGAACAAACUUCAAAAACUACACAAUAGAGCAGCCCGUGUUUUGACAUUUUCAGACUACGAUGAAGACGUUGGUUACCUGUUUGAACUCCUAUGAUGGAAAAAUCUAGCGCGCCAUCAUGAAAUUGAAAAAAGCCACGAUGGUUUAUAAGUCUUUACACAGGUUGGCUCCAGAAUAUUUGUGUUCUAGGUUUGCAAUACGAGAAACGGCAUGUAACCUUAGAGACUCUGACAAUAAACUUUGCAUCCCUUUCCCACGGAUAAAUUAUUACAAAAAUAGCUGUAGCUAUUUUGGCGCCAUCCUAUGGAACAAAGUCCCUUGUACUGUGAGGCAAGCAGAGUCCCGUACGAAAUUCAAAUGUCUUCUUAAACAAGUACUCUAGGGCACGGCAUUCCUGAAAAGCAGCCUUUUAUUUUUUUAUGAUGUAGAUAGUUUAUAAUGUUUUCUUUUUUGAAUUGUAAUUUUUUGGCUGAUGAAUUGACCGUGGAUAAAUAAAGAUUAUGUAUGUAUCUAUGUAUCUUUCUAGGAUACUUGUGCAGACUCAUUUGUUAGCUUUUUGUGUGCCUGUGUUUCUCUUCUUAGCGACAACAUUGUACCGAGUAAAAACUUAAACUUUUGACCGAGAAAGGAAACUAGAUAGAACUAAUGUGUUGUUUUUGUCUCCUCUGUAGGUUGAUGCGGAACGUCAAAGAGAGGAGAGGCGAGCAGAGGAACUGUUUAGGUAACUCGAUUGAACUGACUCAGUUUGAAGCUCAGUUAUAAGUCUGCAUAGCGAGCAAAUGAGUGACAUGAAUUCCUCCUGGACAUGUCAACCGCAAUCUUCUCGGAAGGACCCACCUUUAUUGUGGCUAUCCUCUAAGGCUUGAAUUUGUUGUUUAUUGUUGCCUUAAAUAAUGGCGUGUUGCCGAAAACAAAAGAAAAUGUCUGUUUUCUGAACCCCAACUAGUUCAACUUUUUCAGUGCCAACUGGGGACAUUUCUUUGUCAGUAAACAUUCUGUCCCUUCCUGACAUGAAUACCCGACUAUAAACAAUGACGGAAGUCUCGGGUCUUUUACCGGUUUCAUCUAUGGUUUCAUCCAUUUGGUGAAUAUUAUCAUUUUACCGAAACAUUGUACACAUGCAUUAAGUGUUAGUUUACGGUUUGUAGUGAUUGAAAUCACUGAUGGCAAGAGAGCCCAAGAAUGAGCUAGCGGAAACUGCCCUCCUUUUAAAUUUUUUUUCUUUUUACUUUUUAGGUGGGAGGAGAGGCCAGUUAAAAAAAGAAAAACUAAAAGAUGAACGCCCGGCAAGUUCAUCACAUCAGUGCUCUUUAGACUGCAGACAAAGAUAUUUAGUUACAAACUGUAAAUAAGAAAUUAUAAACCAAUAUUGAGUUGGUCUUGCUUAAAGCUUGAUCGGCCUUCUUUUUCAAUAUGUUUUGCUCUAGCGACUGGUUUCUUUUAACGCUGGUUGAGGAGAUUUCUCUCUCUUUUCUUUUGUUUGAGUUUCCGCUCCAGUAAAUGAAAUUGCAAGCACAAAACAAACAGUUGUGCGCUUACCGGUGCUCUAUCUGGCGAUAAUGUUUUAAUAAAACCCA